GCGUUUGAUAAAAGAGACGCACAAAUAAAUAUCUGCAAUUUCAAAAAUAAGUGUGGUUAAUAAAAACACGAUCAUCCGAUGCACUAUUAUAAAUUCCUUCUAAUUUUUGCAUGCUGCUUAUCAGUAAAUGCAGUGUGUGAAGAUGCAUUUAGCUAUAAAUAUGUAUACAAACCCCGCGUCUAUCGAUUUGGUUUUACGCGAUUCUACCAUGACUGUACAGGGUUUGGAACAGGUUUCCAUUCAGACAGAAUUCGCACUCUCAGAUUUGUCGACACUCAAAUAAUUACCUGUUCUGAUGCAUCUCUGAAUAUUACUUUAAACUACACCUAUGCACACCAAGCACCAAAUCAUCACCUGAUUAUUGCAAAUUCCACCUUCCCGGUGAUUGUUGCUAAUUCUUCUUUAUUUCGCUUUCACGGUUUUAAAAAGUUGACUUUAAGUAAGAUAGGAAUUGAAGACAUAGAAAUUGGGGCUCUUGAACACGUACAAUCUGUACAGGAUUUGAAUCUUAGCUUUAAUAAACUAAUAACAAUACCAGAAGAAAUUUUAAAUACAUUGACAGAAUUAAGGAUAUUGGAUGUUUCAAACAAUCGCAUAUCUGAUCUGUCGAAUGCUAACUUCUCAAAUUUGGUACAUUUGACGCAUCUUACGUUGGCAGGAAAUAAUAUUAAAGACUUACAUGGCAACAUGUUUGAAGGUUUGGUAUCCUUGGAAAGCAUAGAUAUUUCGAACAAUCCUCUAGCUAAAUUUGAAGAUGUGAAUUUCAAAUCUCUCAUGAACUUUAUAGCACGUAAUACAUCUCUAAGAACAUUUGACACUGAUUUAUCAAAUUUUACUCUGUACUCUAUGGAUAUUUCAAAUAGCAACUUGGAGAUUAUCAAUUUUGAUAAACUACCGAAGAUACAGUUCCUUGAAAUGAAGAAUACUAGUUUGAGGCAAAUUCAAAACUUGAAUAAACUUCACAGCCAGACAACAAAUUUACGUCACAAUGUUAUUUCAACUUUGGAUGAAAUUCCUGCUAACAUCAAGGAGUUAGAUUUAAGCUACAACAAAAUCAAAAGGGUGAAAUAUACAAAACAAUCUCAGCAAAAAUCGAUCAAUACCACUUCCUUGAAUCUUGCAUUUAAUGCAAUUUCUGAAAUUGAACCGUACGUUUUUGGGAAUCUAAAACUAUUAAGAAAAUUGGUUGUUAGCAACAAUAACUUAGAAAUUUUGCAUGAAAAUACUAUUGUGGAUUGUCCUUCUUUAACGAUUGUUGAUUUUUCUUUUAACAAAAUAAGUCAUAUCAAAUUACGUGCAUUCAAUAUGGUUCCAGCUUUAUCAAGUUUAAAUCUAUCCCACAACAAACUAAAGGCUUUAAAUUUGGACAUUUUGCCUCGUGGAAACAAAGUUUGGAGCUUAUAUAUCAACAACAACGAAAUAACGAAUCUAGAUGUAGAAAUUUUUCAAGAUGUUUUCUCUAACGUAAAUUGGAUAACAAUAAAUCAUAAUCCAUGGUCGUGUAAACAUUGGCGCAAUAUUCUCGACAGUCUUCAAAGAAGAUACAUUAAAAUAAACGAUGUUCAACAUGGUAAGCUUUACAACUCGGAAGGAUUAUCUUGCUAGUUGAUUUUAAACAAUUGAAGUUUACUUUAGUUGUUUUCCUACAACUGCAACAUCUAGGUACAUUAUUAUUUUAGUGAAAUUCUCGUCUUAUUAAGUUAAAUAUGUAAAAAUAUACUUCAUUUUUUACUUGUUAUAUUCAAGAA